AAAAACAUUUUGAAAACAGGAAGUAGAGAAGUUGGCACUUCCCAACAAGUGUUUCUCGUCUUUUGCUUAUCGUACACUAUGAUAGCUAUCUGCUAGCACUAACAACUUAACGGAGUGUAAAAAAAAUAAGUUUAUUUUAUUUUUAAUUUUAAAAAUAACUUCUCGCUAACAGUGUUUGCUACUGUGACGGCUACAUUGUUUAGAAAGUAUGCUUGACGCGUGCUUUCKUACAAUUACCCACAGGGUUUCAUGAGCUGCACCUGGCUGUAAAAGGCCGGAAUAAGUUCAGGUCAUGAGAAAAAUUGUGCUGAAUGGAGAACAACGGUGAAGAAGACGGAGCUCUUGAUGAGGAAGAAGGUCCAGACCAGGCAGGUGGAAGGAGGUCAGAGGAUGGAGAAGCAGGAGUUACAGCUGCAUGCUUCCCAUCAAGGACUACAUCCAAAGCGUCAGACUUCUUGACACAUAUGCUGCCUUAUAGUGAAAGACUUGGAAACCWGGAUGAGGACAAAUUAGAUACUAGACCAUGGAUUUUACAUGAUGUGGUUAAAGGCAAGGGAGAAGUUGCUGAACCAGAGAGGGAUGCUCAAUCUCCUGUUCUGGACACAUGUGAUCCCUCCAUAUCAUCUCUCUCCUCCACCUCUACUUGCUCCUCUAGCCUUCAGCGCAUUGAGUUUCCCUCAUCAUCGUCAUCCUCAUCCUCCUUUGGCUCUACCUUGUCUCUGUCCCCACCCUUGCCUCCGUCUGUGGAGCUGUCAGCUGUGCUGACGGACACCAGGCUGACCCUGGAUGUGUAUCCGGGUGGAGCAGCUGCACUGCCGUUGUUGUGGGGCUCCRUCCCCGAGCAGCUGAGGGGCCUGCAGUACCUGAGACUGGGCUCUGAGGAGAAACCAGGGCUGGACGGUGCUCUGGAUGUUUUACCAAAGCUUACAGCGCUGCGUUCACUGGCCAUUCGGGGACACUGCCUUUAUGAYUCCCAAGGUGAACCCCUGCCUGGCCUCCUCACCACUUUGCCUCCAUCUGUGACCACCCUGACUCACCUGGUACACCUGGAUCUCUCCUUCAACCAGCUGUCCCAGCUCCCGUCCUGCCUGCUCGGACUGCCUGCACUCUCCACGCUGCUCCUCUGUCACAACCACAUCUCAGCUUUGCCUUCCGAUUUAGGCCARCUAGCUUCCCUGACCUACCUGUCCCUCCUGGGCAACGACUUGGCGUCUCUCCCCCCGAGCUUGUGUCAGCUGAAGUCGCUGCAGACCCUGGAUGUGUCGCACAACCUCCUCCAGCGGCUGCCCGAGGACAUUGGCUCUUUGGGCGAGCUUGUUCGGUUGGAAGUGUCCCACAACAAGCUGAAGCAGCUGCCAAAGAGCAUGGGCUUCCUCCUCUCUCUCAGGGAACUUGUAAUCUACAGCAACGACCUCCGCCACAUCCCGGACUGUCUUAAUCAWCUGCCUCUGCUUAAAAUAGAUCUUCGAGACAAUCCUAUAGGAAAACCUCCAACUCCACCUCCUCUUCCUCACAUACCUGAUCAACCAGAGACAAAACCUCCAGAGUUACACCUCAGAUUUAAUCAGCACAGUUUCUACGUUUCGUCUGCGGGGUGUCGGGUGUUUCUCCCUGGGGGCGCUGAGCUGCUGUUCCCCUCGGGGUGUCUGGAGACCACCACCAAACUUAGGUGGGCGGAGAAAAGGCCAGACAGGAAGUGGGUUUUACUGGAGGAACAUGACAUCCUGCUGAGCCGCCCGCUGGAACUCCGUCCCCACGGGAAAACGUUUUUGAAGCCUGUGGAGGUGUGUGUGCCAUAUCGUUGGGCAAAACGAGGUGAGGUGGUGUUGCGGAGGUUUGACGGACAGUCRUGGAGCACUCUGCCUACUAAUCUGAGAAGAGGGAGCGAGAACCAUAGCUGUCGUCCUGGUGGACGUCCAGCCAGGCUGGCGUGCUGCUCGGUGAGCCAUUUCUCGUGGUUUAUGGCGGUGUCCCGACCAGUCCAGGACAGCUGUUCCCUUACACCAGCUGGAGCCCUGCUGGUUUCCAGCUCUGACCCUGGAAUCAAGCUCCACUUCCCUCCUGACUCCACCGUGCAGACCCGCACCGUAACGCUACAGGUGUUGCAGGUUUCUGAGUCAGAGGUGCAGGCUCUGUGUGGGGACCCUCAGGCCAGAGUCAGCUCCCUCCUCUGUCUCUCCCAGACCCCCAGCUUACAUUUCCUGCAGCCAGUCAAAGUUCAGAUCCCUCUGCCUCCAGGAGUCACAGGCCACACGGCUGAUAUGACCCGUUUACAUCUGCUCCACGGAGAUCCCACCGCCCACACCUGGUCUGACAUCACCUCACAAGUGUCUCUCAACGUUACCCACUUGUACGCUAUCUUCUACAUCAAYCACUUCUCCUGGUACUGGCUCUGGUACACCACACAGCGCUGCGUCAGCGGGGCGGUCAGGAAAAUCUAUCAGAAACUAAAACUGUUUAAAGUCCAGUUCCUGAGUCUGCAGCGGAAGACGGAUCCCUCUCAAGUUCUGCUGCAGUGUUUACCUGCUAACAAGGUCGAGGGCAGAGUUCAGUCUUUGUCAGAACAAUAUGAUGGACCCCAGCCUUCUGAUCUGUGUGACCUGCUGGAGGGAGAGCAGUUUUACGCUGGCUUUGAGAGGGGCUUAGACAUCAGCUCAGACAGACCGGACUGUGUCGGAGGACGACUCUGUUUUGUGUUUUACUCCAGCUUGAAGAAUCUAAAGGAAGUGUACAUCUCUCCAGCUGAGGGUCAGAAAGGACCUGUGAGGGGACAGGUGUCUUUUUACAGAGGGGACAUUCCCAGCAGUCUACCAGAGGAAAUAGCCCGAAAGAGGAAAGGACUCGACUGCCAGUGGCUCGCUACUUUACCGUUAAGACUUCCUGCUCUAAACUCUGAGAACAGCUUCAUCCUGGAGGAACCCCCGCAUCCUCCUCUGAACCUGGGAGACCCCGAGAGCGGCUACCUGACAGAAGCCAACCUGCUGUCCAUCUCGCUUCAGAUCGGACAGGACUGGAAAGUCAUCGGUCUCAAUCUCGGCUUGAGCUACCAAGAGUUGGAACGGAUCCAAUACAAGAACAAGGACAACCUGGGUGCCUUGGUGCUGGACAUGCUGUUUCACUGGGCCCGGGGACAGAGGAACGCGGGACCAGGGACUGUGUCGAGGCUCAUGGACGCCAUGACGGAAAGCGGCAGGAAGGACCUGGCGGAGGAGAUCGAGGACAUCGUGAAUUUAGGAAGGCAAAAGUAUUCAGAUUCACUGAGGAGAGUCGGCCUGGAGGGAGAGGGCUCCUCUCAGGGGGAGACGCAGCAGUAGGUGGGCUCGCACAUGGCUGAUUUAUAACCUGUUUGUUUACAGUGGAGUCCCCCCACCCAAUGCAUCCAUCCUCUGGUUCUCUGUACAAUUGUCCUGGUGCACAGAGCUCUCUGAGACACAGCUGUGACAGCCACCCAACAAAUAUGUUAUGGUUUGCAAGACAGAGAAAAAAUGAACAGUUUUAUGGUUUCUAUUUUGUUUUAACACUUUUUCUAUUUUGAUAGAAACUCUCUUCUUGUGCAAAUCAACAAAAUGUGACCUGUGCUGUCAAAAUAAGCCACAAUGAAUAUUUUUAAUUUUAAAUUCCCCAUCUCCAAUUGACGAUUUAUCACCUGGCCUAUCAAAAAGCUUGUUUUGUGAGUACAAGAGUGACUGUUUGAAAACUUGAUUUUUAUUUGUCCAGAAUGAUGUCAUCAGGGAUUCCAGCCCUGUAUUUAAAAAGAGGACCCUCCAAGCUUCACAAUGAUGCUGAGUAUUAUAGGAAGGGAUUUCCCUGUGUUAUAGCAGCCGGCAGAGAAAAGCUGCCCAUUUCAAGGGAAAUUAAAAUGAUUAGAUUUAUAGGGAUUAUUUCUGAAGCCAUGCCUGUCAUAUAAUUUUCCUAAUCUACCUUUAAAUCAAAGUUUUCUGGUUUGAUUACUUGAAUUGCUAGAUUGUGUCUUUAUGGACUUAUUUUUAUGUGAAUCUCAAUAACUGCAUUUUUUUUGCACUUCAGCUCAUUCUGACUCCUUUUGUCAUCAUAAAUAUUACUAAUAGUAACACCUGCUUGARACUGUAUCAGUAACUGAUAUAAAUGUGUCAUUUAUUUAACUGUAGUAUCUUACAGGUUCACCUGAAGCCCUAUUUGCAGGAACUAAUAUUACCUGAGAGCUGCUUAUUGUUGGUAAUAUUUGUGAUCUUGUUUUUUCUUUUUUGUGAACGAUGUCUGUAGUACCAUAAAAGUCAAUAUGCAAAUAUAACAAAUCAGACCUGCUAAUUUGUAAAGAUAUCACUCCUAUGUAAUUGUUAACAGGGAUUUUUAUAAAAAAAAAUACAGAAAUAGCACAUUCAAAUUCAUCAAAACAUCUAAAUCCUGACACAGAAUGAGCAAAAUGACAAUUAUGGUCAAAAAAUAAUUUGUAUUAUUUCCAAUAGGCUUGUUAGCUCCAUGAUGAUAGUAAAUCUAAGUAAACAAAUAGAACUUAUCCUUAAAAAAAGUGAGGGUCAUUUCUAAACGAUAAAUAUCUCAGGUAAUAUUGUUUUAGCAAGUGGGCUUUAAUAAAUCAAAAUUUUGUUUUUAGGUGAUUUUUUUUUUCAUUGUGUUAUGACCAUACGGAAAUUUUGCACUUUUUCAACUUAAGGAUUUUUUUUAAUGGAAUUGUGUUUUGAGCACAUGGGUGCACAACAGCAACUAAUGUAUUUUUUAGUUAUAUAGUUAAAUAUAGUUAAAAAUAUUGGAAGCAAAAGAAUAGCUUACAGAUAAACUGUGAAAUUCAGCCUUAGUUGAACCUUUAUUCAACAACAAUAACACAACAUGAUGUUUUUACUCAUUUAUCAGCCAGAUGAGUAAUAGUUCUGUAUCUACACAGAGUUCAUGGAAAAUGUUGCUUCACAAUGCUGUCAAAACUAUUUUAAAAGUUGCUUAUGUUAACUUAGCACCUUAUGAUUUCUGCCUUUAAAGGUGAUUGUUAUUAACUGGAAGCCUACUUGUUUAGGUCGAGGAACCAAAAACAAAAAAAAAAACUGGGAGUUGUUUAAAGGUACUCAUUGCAAACUAUGAAAUCAAACACAACGAUGGUUAUCUUGAACUGCAUCAAACAGUUUACUUUAGUACUGCUCCACAUUUAAUAUAAAAAAGGCACUUGGCUGACUGCACCGGAAGCUCAACUGCACAUUUUACACAACAAAUCUGAGUGUGAUUAUGUACAAACACAUCAACAUUGUCUGACUUCUCCAUCCUAAAGCCUCGGAGCAACGUGCAAGUCAUUGUUGACCUGUUUUCAAUAUUUUGGCUUUUUCUGUAGGUAAACAAAUGCAAUAUUUUGGACACUUUAACCACUGAUUUAAAAAAAAUGUGCAAAUGUAGUUAGUUAUUUCAGGGAUGGGAUCAGUAUUCACGACAUUGCAUCGAGUACCUUUGUCUCAAAGGUCUGUGUGCCAAGGAGUAGCUGUUUGUGUGUCCGAUCAGUUUUAUGUCCUGGUGUGCUCAGAGAGUUUUAUCUGCAGUGAUCAGCUGUUAAUGUGAGCGUUUCUAUUCUAAAUGUGUCCUAAUGAGUAAAACUGCUGUAUAAAUCCUGAUCAUCAGCUGCCUUA